AUGGACGGCCUUCCAUCCAGCAAGGUGCUCUUGCUCAUUUCGGACUUGGCGCAGAGGUUGGUUGAAGAGUUGGAAGAGCGGGAGGAUGAUGGAGACUGGGAAAUCGAGGACUGGAGCAAAGAACACGUGCUUUCUCAGCUGCGAUCCUUGCCAGCGAGGGCAGAGUGGACCUCUUCAUCCACCGCGACGCCGCGACGGCUCCAGCCGCUCCGCGCGGAGGCACCGACCGCGGGGCCGAGCUCGGUGAUGGACCUGGCGCCGGGCGUGCAAGCGCACUUCGCUGAGGUUCGGGAAGCCGAGGGGGGAAGGUGUCAGCUUAACUGUGAGGGCGGUCGGGUCACCACAGGUGCACCAGCCAUCUGCCGUUUCUCACGCGUUCCACCUCCCAGACUCUCCCGCUCUCCGCGGGGUGAGCUCGCUCGCACGAGCGCGGAGGAUAGGACGUUGCUCUUCUUGGACUUUGACGUCUCGGAUCCCCGUGCUGCCCGGCGCUGGGUCUUGAGCCACAAGAUGGCGCUGGUCUACGUGGUCGCACGCUGGCCUGAUGCCAGCGAGAAGCAGGCUGCAGCUUACUUCAAUGAAAGAGCUGUGGCCAUUCUGACACGCGAAGCCGGCGCCCACCCGGAGGCUCGACGCUGGCUCUUGGGUGCCGAGGCAAGGCUGUUGGCUGCGGAAGCCAAGCGGAUGUUGCACAGAUCGGGGCAGUGGGCAGUGGAUCGGCAGCAGCUUGGCCAAUCUGGCCACGUUCAUCAAGGGGUUCGAUCCAUUCUACGGGGACAGAUGCAACCCCGAGAAGCUUCGAGUCUUGGGGAAGCGAUGUCGCUGAAGAUCUUCGAGAUCGACCGCAGCCUGGAAAGCUGUCAAGGCCAGAUUUGGGAUCGAGUGAAUGGCUACAAGUGGUGGCUCAGUGAGUUGGAGAAGACUGAGGGUGGCAUCGAAGCCUUUGCUGAAGGCUACAAAAUCUUUGGCUUCAACCGUGAUGAAGAGAAAGGUGGAUAUGUCUACCGAGAAUGGCUUCCCAACGCGAAGCAGGUCUUCCUCAUCGGUGGCUUCAACGACUGGCAAAACAGCACGCCCUUGACCAAUGAGGGCUUUGGCCGAUGGAGCUUGUUCAUCAAAGACAAGGCAGAUGGCUCUCCUGGAAUCCCCCACCAGACGCAGCUGAAAGUGCGCGUCGAAGCCAAUGAUGGGUCGUGGCACGACCGAGUCCCUGCCUGGAGCAAGUUGGCCUGGCAGGACCACACCACCAACCUCUUCAACGGUGUCUUCUGGGAGCCUCCUGAGGAGGAUCGGUAUGUUUUUCAGAACCCAAGGCCUCCGAGGCCGGCCAACUUGAAGAUCUACGAGGCCCACGUGGGAAUGGGCUCGGUGGAGCCCAAAGUGGCCACCUACACGGAGUUCGCCGAGACGGUGCUGCCGCGCAUCAAGCGCAUGGGUUACAACGCGGUGCAGUUGAUGGCCAUCGCCGAGCAUGCUCACUAUGGUUGUUUUGGAUAUCACGUGACCUCUUUCUAUGCCCCGGCCAGCCGUUCUGGAACCCCUGAGGAGCUGAAGUACUUGAUCGACACAGCGCACGGAUUGGGUAUCCAGGUGCUCAUGGACCUGGUCCACGCGCAUGCAUCAUCCAAUACCUUGGAUGGCAUUGCACAGCAUCUCGGAGAAGAAGGACGUGGAGAUGUAGGAAGACAGCAGGACACCGCCUUUGAUGGGGAACAGCUCACCAAUUGCAGUGGCCAGGACUAUGAUGGGCGCUCCCAGCAUGCCUAUUUACCAGACAACGAGGAGGGGAAGAAGCUCCUGGCCAUGUUUCAGCUCGCCUUCCGGCGGCGAGUGCUCUUCAGCCUGAGUCCCUCUCUCACCACCCAACGCCUUCAUCCCAUCUUCGCCAUUCAUCUGAAGACCUCGAUGACGGGUGGACCAGCCAGGCAUGGCUACCCAGAUGAGCAAUACUUCAACUCUGCCAUGGAAGAGCUUCGGAACGCUGGGAUUUCCCUGGAGGCUGCCACUCCCGUGGCCAUCGGCCUCAACGCUUCACUGGCCAGUCGCAUCAGACAGAAGUGUGGUUUUGUCUUAAGCCAAAUCGAAUCAAAGCUGCUGAUGGCCUCCCUCAUCAUUCUCUGGAUCACACCUCAGGGACGUGCGACCUUCUUUCCCUGCUUUUCGAUCCUGAUCGUCUUGGGCCUUCCGCCGAAGCCUGGAGUGGCCUGGUCCGCGGUCUUGUUCUUCACCUAUUUUGGGACGACGACUCCAAGGGCUGAUGAUGAGGAGCAGCAGGCAGAGUUUAGCUUUGUCAUGAUGAGCAUCAUUCUCAUCUCCUGGCUCUUCGCGCUGCUCAAGGUCCUCCUGACACCUCGCUGCAGCUGCUUCAACCGGAUCCAGCGCAAGACCCGUGCCGCGAUCCAGGUGCCACAUGUGAAGACUCUUUUGACCAUCCUUGUGUUGCUGCUGGCGUCGGGCUAUGAGACCAGAGCUGGGCGUAUAGCGCUGGCCCUUUGCUCCAUCCAUUUGCUUCUGAUUUGCAUUUGCAUCCCAUGCCCCAGUUUCAGGAGCUCCAUCAGCUCCUUUGGAGAACCGUUGGAGAACGAGAUGGAAGAGGUACUCCGUCAGGUGGGGGCAAACCCGGAGCAUGGCCUCAACAGCUGCAACGUCUUUGUGGAUGCGAGCCAACGGGUUUUUGAUGAGAUGAAGGAAGAGCACUGGGCGCUCUAUGCCUCAACGCCCUCCUUGCAAGGGCGUGCAGAUAUGAAGGCCAUCCUAAAAGACUUCCUCCGAUCGGUGAAGAGACCCUUGCGCUGCAGAGCCAGUGGUGUGAUCCAUGAAAUGCUGGAGAACGAGAAGCGCUGGGCCAGUGAAGGCUAUGUGGUCUUCUACCAUCUCUAUGCACUCUCCAGUGUCCUGUACGAGCUUCAAACUGCUUUGGCGAACGAACUCUUGGACUAUCCAUUGGCUGGGCCACCAGUGAUGCGGCUCUCACGCAGAGCCUUUGGAGACAUCCGUUCGCUUUCCGAGGUACUGUCCAUCCGUGAUCAUAACAUCAGCGAUCACGCGCACGAGUACCGCGCGUUGGCGGUGUCGGCCUUCUCUUCAUGCUUCGCCAGUGGAGGAUACACUCGCAGCAUGCAGCGGUAUAUGAUGCAGGGCUUUCCGAGCGGCACCAGCAACUAUGUGAAGAAACUGAUUGAUGAUUUGCUCUCUGCCGUAGGCAUUGAUCAGCCUGAUGUGAUUCCCACCCUGCGGUCAAGAAUCCUGGCAGCUGGCAAAGCACAGGGCUUGGAGGCUUUGGGUCAGGUUUUGCAAAUCUUCCUCCACGACUCCGUGGUAGACGCCUUCGCCUAUGGCUCCCAGCCCUUGGGGGCUCUGGCACCUCGUGGACUGCCAGUGAGUGCUUGGCUCCGGCAGCAGUGCCCCAUCGAGGGCCAGGUCAGGCUGGUUCCUCAUCCCGACCUCUUCCUGGCGGGUGCGACACCCAGAGGUCCUUUGGUGCGGAUCUUUGACCAUUGUCCCUCAAGGGCCUUGCAGAAGGUAGCCCUCCGACGCGAGCUGCAGUCUUUGCUGCGGCCCUACCUGAACAUCGAGCGAGCGCGGCAGUUGUUGGGCUUCGAGUCGACCAGUGAUGUACAGGCAACAUUGACGCAUAUUGACCUCUUAGGCCUCACGAACAUCCUUACCAUGAUGAUUGCUGCCUUCGCUGGUUUCGUUGAUUUCUCGCCCAGUCGGAGCGUUGAAUGGUACCAGCUGAGGGAGUAUGAGGGUCAUAUCUACCUGAUGCUGGCCAAUGACUUGAUUCACCGCGUCGUCCCAUCUGCGGUGACUGUGGGCGAGGAUGUGAGUGGAAUGCCAACCUUGUGCUUGCCUGUGGAAUGGGGUGGAUUCGGCUUUGACUACCGCUUGGCGAUGGCCAUUCCGGAUAUGUUCAUCAAGUACCUGAAAGAGUCGACGGAUGAUGGAUGGGGCAUGGGCCAUUUGGUCCACACGCUCACCAACAGGAGAUACAUGGAGAAGGUGAUCGCCUACGCGGAGUCCCACGAUCAGGCGAUCGUGGGCGACAAGACCUUGGCGUUCUGGCUCAUGGACGCGGAGAUGUACACUGGGAUGAGUUGCUUCACCAGCCCGUUCCCUUCCAUGUGCGUUGAUCGUGGCCUGGCGCUGCACAAGAUGAUCCGGCUCAUCGUUUUGUCCUUGGGCGGCGAGGGAUACUUGAACUUCAUGGGCAACGAAUUCGGCCAUCCGGAGUGGAUUGACUUCCCACGACCGGAGAACGGCUGGAGCCACCACCACUGCCGGCGUCGCUGGGAUUUACCAGAGGACGGCUUGUUGCGCUACAAGUUCUUCCAAAAUUUCGAGGAACUCAUGCAGGCCUGUGAAAAUCGCUUCCAAUUUGUCAAUGCCACCCACCAGUAUGUCAGUAAGAAGGAUGAGAACGACAAGGUCAUCAUUUUCGAACGGGGCGAUUUGGUCUUCGCCUUCAACUUCCACCCCUGCAACAGCUACGAGGGAUACCAGAUCGGCACCCAUUGUGAGGAGUCCAUGCGCUGCAUCCUGGACACCGACGAAGGCCGCUUCGGAGGUCAUAUGCGUCUUGACUACGGCCAUGGCAAUCCCUUUUCUUCCAUGGGUGGGAUUGACCGUCGUCCACAUUCUGUGAAGCUCUACAUGCCAGCUCGGACGGCACAAGUUCUUUGCAGGGAGAGCUUGCUUCAAGGAGGAGUGAAAAUUCAUGUCGAGGAAAGCUUUUUGUCACAGUAUGAGAUCAAGUCUGCCGAUGGCUUGAAGCUGUCCUUGCUUGCGACCAAAGAUGGGGUCGAAGAGAUGAUUGACUUCCCAUUCGUGGAUGGCUGCGUGCACCUCGCCGACAAUUGGGAUGCCACCUUCGAUAUCGUCACGGGCGAGGACAUGAUCCUGCCCUGCAAGUGCUCGAAAGACACCAAGUUCCGCGUCUUCUUCCCCGGCGAAUACACCGUGGCGCACCUGGGCUACUUGCGGAACGGCCAGCCUGCCGAGGACGCCGACAAGCCACCGAAGCCAGUGGCCAAGGUGGCGACCAAGGGCUACGCGAAGCCCAAGGCGCAGACGGCGCCCAUUUCGGCGGCGCCGAGCCCCGCGCCCGCGGUGGCCGCGGCUCCCGCGCCGGCCGUCGACGCCUCGCCGGUGGGAUCGCCGGUGGCGGCGCCGGCACCGGGCACCGUGGAGGUGAAGGAAGAGGCGAAGCCGGAAGAAGCCGGGGUCGAUGUGCGGGACAUGACACGGUGCUAUUCCGGGCUGCACUUCAUGGAUAGUGAGGCCUUAGAUGCGGCCCUGAGGGAGACGCAAGGAGAGCAAGUCUCAGAUUUGGAACAGACCAAGAUGAGGAUGGCGAACUUUCAAGAGAAUUUGGCUGCUUGUGGAGGCGACUUGGCCCAGAUCUCCGAGAGUUACCGGACUUUUGGCUUGCAGAAGAGUGGUGGAAUGUGGACCUAUUGUGAGUGGAUGCCCUUUGCCAAGCAGGUCUUCUUGGUUGGAGACUUCAAUGGAUGGGAUACGGCUGCUACUCCAUUGGCCCAGGAGUCCCCAGAUCUGCCAGACGUGUGGAGUGCCACCUUGCCAUCCACCACCAAGCUCACCGUGGGCAGCAAGUACAAGCUCUACGUCGUUCCAGAGGAGGGUGAUGCCUACUACGCCAUGCCGGCAUGGGCCACACGCUUCGUGGGGCCCAACGAAAUGAAGCUCUUGGACGCGGUGGUGCACGUGGUGGACGGUAGCGGCCCCGGACGAUUGGAGGUGACCAACGAGAUGCAGCAAGGUGGUAUUCGAAUCUAUGAGUGUCAUCCUGGGCUAGUCAGCAAGGCUAGUACCACUUCGCCUUUGGUGGAGACCUUGGACCUGCUGCCGCGCAUCGCGCGCAACGGCUACAAUGCCCUGCAGCUGGUGGGUCUUUUGGAAUGCAAGGAGCCUGCCACCCUGGGCAGCCAACCUGUGAGCCUCUUCGCACUGUCCCAACAUCUGGGCACCACGGAGGAGUUGCGGAACCUGGUGCUGCAGGCGCAUCGCUUAGGGCUGCAGGUCUACAUGGAUCUCCCCCACAAUGGCGCCGCCUCCGCGGAGGACGGGCUUGCAGGGCAAUUCUUCUUGUGGGGAGAGCAGGGCUUCCAUCCCAUCACCGGCGCGCGGAUGUACAACUACACCGAGCACGAGGUGACCCGAUACCUCCUUGCCAGCAUUGCCUUCUGGAUGAACCAAUUUGGCAUUGAUGGCUUCAGGUUCAUCGAUAUCGCCUCCAUGAUCUACCUGGACUGCGGCAGGUGGGUGCCGGAGCCUUCCGAGUUGGAAGAAUACUUGGAGAAUGACGAAAACACCGAGAAGGCUGGCAUCCAAUACCUCAUGCAAGCGAAUGCGCUCAUUCACCAGUUGGAACCCAAUGCCAAGACCAUCGCAGAGGACCGGACCAUGUACCCGCACCUGUGCGAAGCGGUCGAAGAUGGCGGAUUGGGCUUCGACCUGCGACAGGCCUCCAAUGCGCCCGAUUUGUUCCGAGAGCUGGUGCUGGGAGGGCGAGAUGAAGAGUGGAGCAUGAAGAAGAUCGUGGACUACAUGUCUGAGGUGAAGCAGUAUCGACCCACUGAUAAGAUCUUGGGCUCCUUCGAGUCUGCUGAGCACUGCAUCCUGGGACGUCGACCUUUGAAGAUCGCGAUGCUGUCGUGGGAGACCCUUCACACCAUUGCCGCGGGUGGCGUCGCCCCGCAUGUGACUGAGCUGGCCGGCGCCUUGCACAAGAUCGGUCACACCGUGCACAUCUUCACGCGCUCCACACAGAGCCGUACCUGGGAGAAUGAGAUCUUGGGUGUGAUCUACCACGAGGUGAACUUCGGCACCGACAGCGACUUCGUGAGGGAGAUCGAGAACAUGUGCAGCUCCUUCGUUGGGCACUACCUUCAUGUGGAGGGCCGUGUAGGUGGCUUCGACGUGAUCCACGGCCAUGACUGGCUCGUGGGUCCUGCGGUGAUUCAGCUGGCCUCCAUGAACAAACGAGUGGUCUUCACCAUGCACUCCACCGAGACGGGCCGGUGUGGCAACGUGCAGUACGGGGGGCAGAGUGCCCGCAUUCGAUCAAUUGAAGGCCACGCCUGCCAUGCGGCCGAGCGGGUGAUUGCAGUGUCUGGUGUGUUGAAGGAGGAGGUUUGCUCCCACUAUCAAGUAGACGGAAGAAAGGUCGAGGUGAUCUACAAUGGCAUUCACGCAGAUGCGAUCGCCAAGAUGGAGUGGGAAGACGAGUGGACCGGCAACACCAAGCGGGACAAGGGCUUCGACGUCAUGGACCCGAUGUUCCUCUUCGUCGGGCGCCUGGCGGUGCAGAAGGGGCCCGAUCUCCUCCUCGAGGCAGUGCCGAUGAUCCUCCAGGCCCGGGGCAACGCCAAGUUCGUGAUUGUCGGAGACGGCCACAUGAAGGCGCACUUGGAAGCCCGUGCCCACCAGUUGGGCGUGGGCCAUGCUGUGCACUUCGCGGGUUCCGUGAAGAGUGGCACUACGCAUUUGAAGGCCCUCUUCAAAUCGUGUGAUGCUGUCAUUGUGCCCAGCCGAAACGAACCCUUUGGCAUUGUGGUGCUGGAGGCCUGGGCGGCCAGCAAGCCAGUGAUUGCCACCACCUGUGGUGGUCCCAGGGACUUCGUGCGACCGGAUCGAGAAGGAUAUUUGGUGGAUCCCAAUCCAGGGAGCAUCGCAUGGGGCUGCUGCAAGAUUUGCGAAAACUUCGAACACGCCAGGUGGAUGGGAGGAGUCGCCAAAGAGAAGGCCCUGAACGAGUUCAACUGGUCCUUCAUUGCUCGCAAGACCGAGCAGAUCUACUACGAGCAGAUGAACCUCCAUGGUACCCCGAAGUUCCGCUACACGGGCUUGGGCAUUGGCUCGCCCUUCGCGGCGCAGGUCUUAGGACAGCACCGGAACAACAUGGGCGUCAUGGAGAACAACCACCUGGUGAUCCGAGGACUUCAGCUGCUGAAGAUGUCGAAGCUGGUGUCGGCGGCCAUGGGCUUGGAUGCCAGCAUGACCUGGAUGGGCUCCGAGUUCGGCAUGGUGGAUCCGCUGGAUUUGCCCCGACCUGGCAAUGGCCACAGCAAGGACAAGGCCUAUGUGCCCUACAGCCAAGCGGAAAAUACCGGCCUGAAAUACAAGCAUUUGGACGUCUUCGACGUGUUCCUGAACCGAAUUGGCGCUUCACUGCAGUGGCUGCAGAGCCCCACGCAUCAUGUAGCGCUGGCCGAUGAGGAGAAAAAGAUCCUGUGUUUUGUGAGGAGUGGCUGCAUUUUCGCCAUCAACUUCCAUCCCUGCGAGGGUCAAACCGACUUCAGAAUAGACUUGCCCAAGGAUGUGCAGAUCGCGAGGGAGGUGGUGGUCGCUUUAGACACCGAGGAUCCUCGCUUUGGCGGCGAGAACGAGAAGCCGCUCCUGAAGCCGACUCAAAAGUUCAACACGGGCCUCUUCAAGCUCAACCUGCCACCAAGGACCGGCCUGGUACUGGCACCCCUGGACAGAACAGAGAAAGCCUUGUCCGACAAAUUGUUGAAGUGUGAGACGGCGGACGCACUCCUUGGUGCGUAG